AUGGAAUCUAGCUCUUCUAGCUCCUCCACUGUAAGUUACGGGGAGGUAAUUCCAAGCCGAUUUAUCACAGAGUCACCGCUGCCUAUUGAAGACGAACCCAGUGAGGCAGGAAUACGGCCGCAACCCCGCACCUUGGAAUAUGUUCGGCAAUUGACCGCAGAAACACUCGCCCUCCGAGCCAUCCAGAGAGCAGAGACCAUCGAUGGCAGUAAAGUCGGCGUGGUUUUUACACUCUCACAUACAGCCGAUAAACGCUUCUUGAAACUUAUCAGUUCCUCCAUCAAACGCGCUCUUCUUACAAGGGGCUUCCUCUUUGCUGUUGGCUCUCCCAGUGCCACCCCGCAAGAUCCAAGACCUCUCCUUAUCUGCGGCUCUUCUGACGAUUUCGUGAAACGCGCAGGUGUCCUCGUCGGGUCUAAAUUUCUCGGACGCAUCACGGAAACUUUCUUUAUCGGCCGAGGUCUCUGGGUGGGCGCUGUGCGCGACCUGGGCGGCAACUCGUCCGACGAGGCAGCACUCUGGGAUGUGGUGCGCAAAGCAGCGCGCAGUCCCAUAGAUCCACUUACUCCCCCGCCCGGUUCGACAAGCGUCGCUCAACUCGUUUCCGUCGCCCGCGCUCAUCUGGAGCGAAUUACACCCCAACAAGCUUACGGGGAGCUGCAUGAUCCGACAAGCAUGUGGCCAGUUGUUCUGGUUGACAUCCGCCCAGAAGCAGAGCGUCGCAGAGAGGGCGGAAUCACGGGGUCCAUCAUCGUUGAACGCAACGUUCUAGAGUGGCGUUUUGAUCCUCGCAGCGAUCAGCGCCUGACGCUGGCCAAUCGUUAUGAUCUACGAAUCAUUGUGUUUUGUCAGGACGGUUAUGCAUCGUCUUUGGCAGCAAGGUCUUUGCAAGAUGUGGGGAUGCUGCUUGCGACAGACAUGAUCGGAGGGUAUGCUGCUUGGAGAGAAGCAGGGCUGCCAUUCGAAGUACACCCCGCUCUGCCUAUAAAUUUCUCAUCGAGUUCCACAAGUGAAAUGGAUGAUUAUUGA